AUGCCUGGAAUGGUAGACGGACCGUCGGUCUCCAUGUCCUUUGCAAACAACUUCUGGGGAAGAGAAGAUGCAGGACUGCAGCCUAUGCUGGACCGUAUGCACGGGUCGAAAGUCACAAGCGAUGAAUUAAAGGUUUUCUACGGUGUUCGAGCUGCGAUCGAAGAUGAAUAUGCACGAAAGUUAAACGCCCUCUGUCGCAAGCCUCUCGGAUCAUGCGAAAUGGGAUCCCUUCAAGGCUCACUAGAAACUGUCCGCAGUGAGACUGAAGCUAUUGCCAAGGCACACUCAGCAAUUGCAGCCCAGAUGAAGACUGAACUCGAAGAGCCUUUGGCGGCUUUCACCAGCGGUUUGAAAGAACGACGCAAGAUUAUUCAGAAUGGCAUCGAGCGUUUACACAAGACUAAAAUGCAACAAACUGGAGUAGUGAAUAAAACUCGGGAUCGCUUUGAGCAAGACUGUCUCCGAAUUAAGGGUUAUCUUGCCCAAGGACAUAUGGUUAUGGGCCAAGAAGAGCGCAAGAAUAAGGCGAAGCUUGAGAAGACUCAGAUUCAGAUGGCUGCGAGCAGCACCGAAUAUGAGGCUGCAGUCAAGACUCUUGAGGACACAACUGGCCGGUGGAACAAAGAGUGGAAGUCUGCUUGCGAUAAAUUCCAAGAUUUGGAAGAAGAACGCCUGGACUUUACCAAGAGCAGUCUUUGGACUUACGCGAACAUCGCAUCGACAGUUUGCGUCAGUGACGACGGGUCUUGUGAGAAGAUCCGACUGUCGCUGGAGAACUGCGAAGUGGAAAAGGAUAUUGUUCACUUUAUUAAAGAAAGAGGAACUGGCCAGGAAAUCCCAGAUCCUCCUCGCUUCAUUAAUUUCUGCAAGGAAGACGCCGAGGACACAGCAUCUGACGUUGAUACCGGAGAUAAUUAUUCCGUCGCUCAAUUCCAACGAACUAUGAAUCCUGCAUUCCGCACAUCCUCUCCGCAGCCAUCGACUUUUGAGUCUCAUCAUGACCCACAGUCUGAUCUUGCGGCUCAAAUGGGUCAUCCGGCACCCCAAGCUCCUCCGCCAAACAUUCAGCAAACACAGCCACCGAUGCCCUCACAGCAGCAGCCAUUGCCACAUCAAGCACCCCCGCCCCAAGCGCAGCAGCCAGCGCCUCUGGACCUUCGCCGAGGAGGCUACCUGCCACCUAACUAUGACCCUGAGCAACAUGGUCAGAUCAAUGCCAUUCCUCAUAACGCAUACCCCACUGACGGAAUGACUAUGUUCUGUCGUCCCGGUCCUCCUUCGGAACGGAGCUCAGUGAAUAGCGCAUACCGACCAUCCAGCCGCGACUCACAAAGCGAGGUAUCUAAUCAUAAUUCUAUGUCUAGCGUCGAGCCUGCGAUCUCUCCGGUGAAAUCCUCACCUUCUAAACCGAUCAAUAACGCACCAUCGCCAAGUUCCCAAGACGAUACGUCUGUUCAGAAAAAGAAGAGUGCCUUCUUCAGCAAUAGUCCCUUCCGACGCAAGAGCCGUCACGAAAAGGAGCGACCCACCUUCACUGCAAGAAGCCCCUGGACAUCUCCGACGAAGAAGGCUUCACCUUCCCGACCCCAGCCUGAGCACCGUACCGCCAGCCCUGAACCAGUUGAUCCUCGAGCUAACUUCCAACUCAAUGUUGGUAACAACGUUUUUGAUGUUGCUUCCCCGGAUAAAAUCUCGGCAAAGGCAGGAUCACAGCAAGUGAAUGGCGAUGAUGAUAUGGACCCUAUCGCACGGGCUCUAGCCGAUUUGAAGACAGUUGGUGGCAAGCAAUCCAGUCUCCGAGUGUCCGCCGAUAACUGGCACGGCAUCCAGACACCUAACCCUUCUGCUCCUCCAUCUGCUUAUGGGGGAAGCACUUCAGGAGCCCCACCAGCUUAUGAUCCAUCAGUGAAAAGGCUGGAUGCUCCCGAACCAGCAUUUACAUCCAAACAGAUGCAAAAGACUACCCAGCGAUACACGGGCCAAGCUCAGAGCAUGAUGCGAGGUGGAAGCAACAACCCAUCCAGGGAUGCACCUAAGUCCCAGGAAGUUCCUCGUGACCGCUCUCCAGCCCCUGCUAGACGUAGUGCUAGUCCAAGAGUUGAUGGAUAUGGUAGCAGAGGAGCUAGCCCCAGCCCAGCGGCGGCGCAUCAGUCCAGUAGCAUGCGAAGCCGUUAUAGCAAGUCUCCUACGCCACGUCAAGACCACCCACCGUACUCGCCUAAUGACUACGUGAGACGGGCCUCCCCAGCUACCAGCCAUCGUGCAGUGUCUCCUCAGCCUCAGUUCAGACAGCAGGUCCGACCUUCUAGUGCCGGCAUGGAGCUGCAGCUUUCAAAUGGUUCGAACGAGCAAUAUGGCGGUAGUCAGCAGCCUGGCUAUGGUUCCACUCGGCGCGAUGGUGGUCGACCCACGUCUUUCUAUGAUGCUGGCGGUACUCCACCUGUGGGCCGAUCCCGAAGCCGUACUCUUGCCGUUGCGGACCCAGGCCGAAAGUUCAGCCGUGAUGGACGCCCUAUCUUGCAUUUCGCUCGCGCAAUGUACAGCUACGCCGCGGCUAUCCCUGUGGAGCUCGGUUUCUCCAAGGGCGAUGUCCUCGCUGUUAUCCGUCUCCAAGACGAUGGAUGGUGGGAAGCAGAAGUUACCAACGCCCGCGGUCACCCCGGCUUGGUGCCCAGCAACUAUUUGCAGAUCUUCUAG